GACAGUUGCAUUCUGUGUGUGCAUGCAUGUGUGAUAGAGAUAGUGGAAAUAGAAAGUGAGAGAGGGAGGGAGAGUAAAGGAGCAAAGGGGAAUGCUUACCACUGAGGGGCAGGGAAAAGGAAUAAGGAAAUUGAAGUAGCCGCCGUAUGCUGUGGAUUUUUAUGAAUAUCUUGAUUGAAGUGAAUAUUCUUUUUGUGGGAAAAAGAUGGGAAGCUCGCAUUUUCUGAACAAAGGCUUGCCUUUAGCGAAUGACGGUGAUGAGAGCCUGUACGGGUGUUUGGAGUAUAUCCUUCCCGUCCAACUCAUUAAAGAAAGAUUCUUCGUCUAAUUCGAGGCAUUCGACCGCCUAUCAUGAAUGGGACCAUGAACCCACGGCCCCUGGUGGCCCUGCUGGAUGGGCGUGACUGCACCAUAGAGAUGCCAAUCCUGAAAGACGUGGCCACUGUGGCCUUCUGUGAUGCCCAGUCCACCCAGGAGAUCCAUGAGAAGGUACUGAACGAGGCUGUAGGAGCUCUGAUGUACCACACCAUUACGCUAAUGAGGGAGGACCUGGAGAAAUUCAAGGGACUUCGGAUCAUCGUCCGCAUAGGCAGCGGCUUCGACAAUAUCGACAUCAAGUCGGCUGGAGAUUUAGGGAUAGCAGUGUGUAACAUGCCAGCAGCGUCGGUGGAGGAGACAGCGGACUCCACACUGUGUCACAUCCUGAACUUGUACCGACGAACCACGUGGCUUCACCAGGCACUGCGCGAGGGCACCAGGGUACAGAGCGUGGAGCAGAUCAGAGAGGUGGCGUCCGGUGCGGCGCGGAUCCGCGGGGAGACACUUGGCAUCAUCGGCCUCGGCCGUGUUGGCCAGGGUGUAGCACUCAGAGCCAAAGCGUUUGGGUUCAAUGUGAUCUUUUAUGACCCAUACCUGUCUGACGGGGUGGAGCGAGCCCUGGGCCUGCAGCGUGUAAACACCCUCCAGGACCUGCUUUUCCACAGCGACUGUGUCACCCUCCACUGCAGCCUCAAUGAGCACAACCACCACCUCAUCAAUGACUUCACCAUCAAACAGAUGCGCCAGGGUGUGUUCCUGGUUAACACGGCCCGAGGGGGGCUCGUGGAUGAGAAGGCCCUGGCACAGGCUCUGAAAGAGGGGAGGAUACGAGGGGCAGCCCUGGACGUCCACGAGACAGAGCCCUUCGGCUUCAGCCAGGGCCCUCUGAAAGAUGCUCCUAACCUGAUAUGUACUCCCCACGCUGCCUGGUACAGCGAACAGGCUUCUAUUGAGAUGAGAGAGGAGGCAGCCCGGGAGAUCCGGCGAGCCAUUUCAGGUCGUAUUCCAGACAGCCUAAAGAACUGUGUGAAUAAAGAGUUCCUGUCCCAGACUAAUCACUUGGUCAAUAUGGACCCUGCUGUCAUUCAUCCUGAGCUCAAUGGGCCCUACAGGUACCCUCCUGGUGUUGUGAGUUUGGACUCUGGGGGGCUCCCUCCGCCUAUAGAGGGAAUAGUUCCUAAUGCCGUGCCCAUAACACACAGCCUGCCCAGCGUCGCCCACCCCUCUCACGCCCCUUCGUCGGGCCAGCCAGGCAAAGCAGAGUCAGACAGAGAGCAGCACACCAAUGACCAGUUGUUGUAACCCUGCCCCACAGAGCUCUCUGUCCAACCAAAAUAACUCUACUGUUCUUCAUUUGUUGGAAAAGGAAUGGAGUUGAAGCCUCAUAGGUUUCAAACAGCUGCCAUGAAACAGACAGACUCACAGAGGUCUAUUACAGUUCAUCUGGUCCAACCAUAGUGGUAAUCUUUUUCAAACAUUUUUUUUGCAGAAAAAAAUAAUAAUAAUGUGGAUUUAGAAAGAGAAAAUACAAAUAUAUUUUAAAGAGAAUCCUGCUGUUUAGACUGUAGUUUGACCUAGUAAAGUGGGCAAAUAUCUGUUGCUGUGUCCUAUGGGUUCAUCGGUAAAGCAGAAGUAGUUGAUUAUAACAUGAA